CAUGGCUGGCAUGUGCUUGAUAACUUUGAUAGUAGAUUGGGAAAAUUGCUUGCUUAAAUUACUGCCGUCAAAGUUACAUGUUUUGUCAGUUCAACGAUAUUUUAAAAUUCGGUAAAGGUGUUUAUUUGGCUGUAACUGCCGAUGUAAAAUAACUUUCUAUAGUGUGAGUGGUCGAAGGGUGUGAGUUUAACUUUCAUGAACAAAAUGAAUGACGGUGAUUGGAUCUGCGGCGAUGCAAAUUGUGGAAAUAUAAAUUUUGCUCGCCGGUCGUCUUGUUACCGGUGUAACAAGGAUAGGCCGGAUGGCGUGAGCAAGAAGAAACUCGGCACUGAGAUCGGAAAAUCUGCAGCCGAAAAAUCGCGGGGUCUGUUCAAUGCCGAUGAUUGGCAAUGCAACAAAUGUGCUAACGUAAACUGGGCCCGGCGACAAACGUGCAAUGUUUGCAACGCGCCCAAGUUCGGUGAAGUAGAAGCACGGACGGGGUAUGGAGGUGGCUACAAUGAACGCGGUGUAGUAGAGUACAGGCGGCGAGAGCAAGAGUCUGAUGAUGAAUAUGAUGAGUUCGGUCGGAAGAAGCGCAAACGCCGAUCGGAUGAGCCACCUCUAAAGGGUGGUGUCACUGAUGGACCAUUGCACAAAAAUGCGCCGCCUACCCUGCCGUACACAAGUAAUAACAGAGAAUACUCCAAGGCAGAUCCGGAACCAGAGUAUGGAGAGUACAAGAACCAGGCCGGCAACAGAGCAAGUGGCAGCCUCAGUGAUGGCUCUGUGUGCGAAGUCCCUCUCCUUAAUAAGUUUAAUUUACGGAAACAUCAGCUACAGGCUCAUAUCAUGCAGAAGCAUGAUAAUAAAAUCUCUUCUUCACCAAAAACUAAUGGGUUUUCAUCUCGCAAAAGGCAAUACAGCUCAGGUGACAGGGGCUAUGAGACUGGAUCAAAGAAAAUCAAGUAUAAUGGUUUUGAAAUUCCGAUAAAUCCAGUAAUGGAAAACAGUGUUUCAUCAAAUAAUGAUUUGAAGGACCAAAGUAGUAAUCAUCAAAAACCAGUCACUUACACCACUGAGGAGAAAGUCAGAGCUGCAGCAUUUGCUUUGGUCUACGGUAACUGUAAAAUUAGUAGAGAUAAAUUUGGGGCAUAUUUUCAUAAAACUGCACCUGAUUUUCAAACAAUUUUUGGUUGGUCGCGUCAACUGUUGGCUAAAGGCUGCUUGGACGAUUCACACCUUCAGCCUCAUACGAAAGACUCAAAGAAUUCUGAAAGUAAUACCAAUUUCGAAACAACAUUGAAACUUUAUAAACCUGCAAAACUUCCAGAAAAGAGUGUGAAACUACUACCCAAUCCAGAUGAAAUACCAAUUGAUUCUGAGAGUGAUGACGAUGUUCAAUUUGUCUCUGCUAAUAAAGUCAAGUUCCCAGUUCGCGAAAGAAGUUUAAGUGUUGAGACAUUAGUAAUAGAUAAGGCAGAGAAAGCUGGAUGUUCAGAGGGAGGUCGCUCCCUUGUCCAAAGCGACACGCGGUCCAGCCAGCGCCGCUCGCGCUCUGGCUCCCGCUCCCGCUCCCGCUCUCGCUCUGGCUCCCGCUCCGAAGAUACUUCCCAUCGUGUCAGCUCGUCUGAUUCAGAAAUUGAACAAAGAAAACUAACCAAAAUUAUAGCUCCUUUACCACCAGGUAAACCAAAAAAUAAAAAAAAACCAGCUGACACUGAUUCAGAUUCAGACACUUGCUACAGUGAGGAAACAGAUUUCCUUUCGCGACGUUAUCGCAAAAACAGGAAACCAAAACCAAAAGUUAACAAUAAAUGCGUCCCAGAACUACCGAAAGCACCACCGCCAGUUCCUAAUAAGAUUCAGGAGGUCCAGCCCAAGGGAUACUGCACUAUGCCCCAGGCAGUGUCACCACUCGUUACAGGACAAAUCUACACCAAUAAUUUACGAAAUAUGGCGGUGAAGCCCCGGGACAGAGGGCACCGCGCUCCAGACACUGACGGAUAUGGCAGCGAGUAUGUCCCCACCAGUCUCGGUUCCAACAAAAAUAACUACCAGGCAUUCAAGAACACCGUUAUGAAGAAAGGAUUCUGGGCAAAAGGAAAUGGUAAAUCACUUGGAAAUAAAGUCGAAAUUUUAAGUGACAAACCAAUCAACAAUAAGGAGUUACAGACGAUAUUACAGAAAAAUGCGAAUACUGCUAAUAAAGUACCAUAUGGUUAUGUAUCUACUAACAUACCACUUAAUAAUGGCAACGCAGGAGCCCCUGUACAUAGUUUUCCAGUGGUUAUGGAACCAGUGAUAAGAACGCAACAAAAUUUUACCACUGAAAAUGUAAACAACUUUGUGACGACUAAACAAUACACAACUUCUGAUCCACGAUUGACCAGAACAGUUCAGACUGCAAAAGUACCUGAAAAAUCAUCCAAUCAACUGGAUAUCAAGGUGAACAAUAAUAUAAAGAACAAUAACAUGGUAGGGACCAAUAACACUGUUAAAGCUGUUACACCUGAAAGUAACUCCCGCAUCUUCGAUAUUGUACAGAGCUCUGUAACAAAUAAGAGCAUCUUAGACAUAUUUGGAGACAAUGAACAAGAUCAGAACAUAAAUAAUAGUGAAAGUAUGGUGCAGCAAACAGUUGCAAAAACACAUGAAACUGAAUGGGAUGAAGACGAUGAUGCUCUGUAUAAAACAGAUGAUCCAGAUGUCACAGACACUGUAUUAAACAGAUCUUUAACAGAAGAUAUGGCGACGCCUGUAUCAGAACCUCCAGCGAACGCGCCAAAAGUAAUAAACUUCGACGUUGCAAUAGCAAGACAAAGGCGAAAUGAGUUACUAGAUUUACUUAAUGAUGCAAACCAAAUUAGAAACAUGGAAAAUAACACUUCAACUCCAAAACAUCAAACACCCGAUAAGUCUCCCGAAAAGAAGAAUAGAUCAUCUAAAUCACAUCAUGGAAGUAAAAAUAGACAUAAUGUAACUGAUAACCGACUGCCAGAUAUUCCAAACAGCAUAAGUCAUGAAAUAGCUCAAAUGGCGACAUCACCUAGGCACAGCAUUGAUAAAAGUCAGGAAAGAGUAGAACCAUCGACUCCUACCAAGACUAAUCAUAUCCCCGGUCUGAGCGCUACGCCUCCUAACAAAGAUAGGGAGAUGCAUCAGUUGAAACAACAAAAUACACCCCCAAAACCAGAUAAAGUGCCAACACCUACCACUGUUACUGCUGCCCCUUUGCAAAACUCUCAAGCUUUGCAACAAUUAGAAUUGUCGAACUUGCUCUCUGGAAUAAACACAAACACGUUGCUGUUAGCUAUACAAAACUUACAGCAACUCGUUCAGCAGCCUCCUACCACUAAUGCCAACACUAAUAAUAAUAAUAGCACUGAUCAAAACAAUGAAUCAGACGCUCAAGAGGAUGACGAUUCCAACGAAGUUGAAGUUGUAGAAACAAUCAACCUGACAAACGACGAAGACUGGGAAAAGGAAUCUGAGGAAGGCGACAUAGAGAGACAGCUGAAGCAGAUGGACGGGAACACGGGGGACACCCCUUUUUUAAGUGAUAUUUUCGACCCGAGUCCCGUUGUGAUGCCAAAGAGUCUGACCAACAAGUUGCACAUCAACCUCAAAACAUCCGAACCCUCCACAGAAGCUAGUGCACCUCAACCCAAUGAAAACGCACCCGUUAUAGGCAACUUCAAAAGCUUCGCUCUGCCAAAACCGAUCAUGCUUAAUAGGCUCAAACUGAACGCAAAGGCACAGAACAAUAAGUCUGGAAAGAUUAAGAGGAAAAAGUUGAAGGGCGAGGCGCGGGCGGGCGCGGGGGAGGGGGAGGGGGACGAGGACGAGGAGUCGGGCGACGAGGCGGACCUGUCCAAGUACGACCUCUGCGGCAGCGAAGAUGAGCAAGGCGGCACCUCUAAGCCUGAGAGCGCCGAUAAAACAAACGAAAAAGACGAUUCUAAAGAAGGAAGCAGCAAAGACGAAACUGAGAACAACGGCAGGCCCAACUCUCCUGAUAGUAAAGCUAAGAAACGGUCCCGCAGUUCGUCGUCGUCGUCGAGCUCGUCCAGCAGCUCCAGUUCUAGUCAAAGCUCCACCAAGUCGCCGAAAAACAAAUUCGACGACUUCAACCUGAACAGCGAGCGCGAGGGUUCGCCGAGGGGGCGGCGCUCGCGCUCGCGCUCGCCCGCCGCGCGCUCCGCCUCCGCGCCGCGCCGCAAGUCGCGGGACAGCCGCUCUGACAGCUCCAAAGGUCGCGAGACCACGUCGCGCGACAAGGAGCGGUCCCGCGACCGCGAGCGCCGCGACAAGUCGCGCGGCGAGCGACGCGACAAGCACUAUAGAGACAACAACUACUACGGCGCUAGAGGUAGACAUCGCUAGAAGCGAUGUCUGAUAGGUAGGUAUGCACCUGAAAAAAUAUGUAUUAUUUUUUACAUCGAAUUGAAUGUAUAUUUAUGUAUGUCUGUAAAUUGUAUGGACUGGACUUACUUUCGUUUGAAGAAAUUGAAUUUCUUACCCAAUCUUAAUUAUUCGCUAUCGUUUGCUCUAUGGACAAAAAUCCCAUUAGAGAGAAACCAGGAUUUCUCCGACCUGAGCGUUUUGUUUUUAUUUUUUUAUGGCCACAUUAUUAUUUCGCUGUCAUCUAUUCCUUCUAAUUUCAUAAUUCGGUAUGUUAAGUAAUUUUAUGGUGAUUGUUUUUAUAAUUUUAAAUUGAAGUAUGUUGGAAUUUGAGACACUAAUUUGAAUAUUUUUUAUUUUACUGCUCUCGUUAAUUUAAUAAAAAAUAAUUAAAGAUCGGCUCUUCGACGAUUUUAUGACGUCAUUCGCUACCAUGCAGCCGCUGACGACAUCAAGAUCGUAACUCUGUGAAUAUUUACACUUUAGAUUGACAGAAGUGACAUUUAACAAUUGAACAUUUUUAUUCUCUUUGGUUGAAACUUUAACCUUGCGCAGCGUCUUGAAGGACAAAUUAUAUUUUCAUUUUUGAUAAAAUAAUCGGAAUCCUUGAAUAUUUUAUAUUUUUAAGAAUGAGACACUUAUUAAGAUGAUAAUAUCGCGAAACGGUUUUGGAAUUAGCAUAAAAAAAAUUUACUUAACAUACCGAAUUAUAUACAUCUAUACGAAAUAUCAGCUUGAUAUCUUUAAUCGUUUCUGAGAAAAAGGAUGGUGACAAACAGACGGAAAACAGUGAUCCUAUAAGGGUUCCUUUUUUCACCAAAGCGCAAAAGAACCAUAAUUCAAAAUAUUUAAAAAUAUAAUAUAGAAAAUUGUCCGGAUACAACUGAUGUUCAGACUCGUAUUGAAAAAAGUACCCAGCUAAAAAAGGUUUGUGAUCUCUGACAUAUUAAAAAU